CGGAGGCGCAGCGGUACGGCUGGUCGAAGUGAAAGCAGUCCUUCUUCCUGCUGGCCUCCUGGCGCCUCGCAUAAAAACUACAACAAUGAAACUACACAUUUUAUGUAAGUGUCCAUAACAAAGCGUCGCCGAACAUUUUACAGCAUUUCUGCCACUUGUAGUCCGUUGGAUCGAAGGGUCGAAAAGACAGUAUAUCUGAAGUUAUAUCGGUGUAAUGUCGCUAAGUUCAGGCGGGUGGACACACGUACCUCCGCCGUGCCCGUCCUCAGCUGUCCACGGCUAUGAGGCGUCUCAGAGCGGAUGCAGUACUGUUUUGAUGUCGGUGAAGGUCUCCGUAAGUCACUCCGGUAUGCGGCCUCUGUGUGUGCCGGCGGCCCGGGGCGAGUGUGUGCGGCUUCAGCUCAGCAUGGACCCGGGGAAGGCAGGGGAAUUCCGCCUGGCGCUGAGACACGCCGGAGCAGCUGCUGCUGGAAGCGUGUCCACUGCUGAGUUUGAUCUCAGGUCAGUGCACUACGAGAUCAAGACAACAUGCUGUCAUGAGCUGAGCAUGGCCACGCCCCCUCACGAUAGGCUCACGUUCAACUUCCGCUGUGAACAAGAAGCACAGGCUUGGGCCACUGUGGUGAUGUCAUCAUUGCGUGAGGCUCACCGAGCAGCCAUUGGUUCUUCCACAGAUGAUGGACAGCCCCCAGCCCCGCCUCUAGCUGCACAGAGCCACACACCCCUUCCCAGCACAGAGGAGUUGUGUGUGGAGUUGGUUCGCUCAAUAGGGGCUGGCGAUAUUGAGGCUGCGUCUGUGUGUGCAGUGUCUCUGGCUCGCCAGCAGAUGGCGCUCUGCAUUCAUCCCUCUCAGAAACACUACAAUAAUACAGACAUCAGCUUGGCAGUGGUAGUGGAGGAUGCUUCCUCUUCCUGUUGUGUCACGGUAAAAGUCUUCCCCUACACCACAGUGGCCGAUCUCAAACAGCAGGUGUUUGUGGAGUAUGGCUUCCACCCACGGGUGCAGCGCUGGGUCAUUGGUCAGUGUCUAUGUGCUGAUUCUCGGUCUCUGGCGUCCUAUGGUGUCCAGCAUGAUGGGGACACCGCCUUCCUGUACCUGGUGUCAUCGCAUCAGGCUUGUCUCAGCCAGCAGGCGUGGCAGCUGGAUCAACAGUCUUCCCUGCUCCCGCCCACUGCCACACCCACCACCACGCCCACCGCCGACCCUGGGCUGAACCCACAUGCAGAGGACACACAGCCUGAAGCCAAUGGACCAGCAGCACAGCGGAGAACCUACAGGACACUACCACCCAGACUGCACCCUGGCAGCAGUGUGGGAGGGGCUGAGAGGUUAGGUUUGAUGGAAAUCCAGGACAUGAUCAACAGAGAGACGCCACAGCUCAGCGAAGCCCUGGGCACUGGAAGAGCUAAUGCACAGCUGGGCUGGGCCUGCCCGUCCUGUACGUACAUUAACAAGCCCACGCGUCCUGGCUGUGAGAUGUGCAGUGCCAACAGGCCUGAGAGUUACACGGUGCCCUGCAGCUACAGACCAGACGCUAACGAGCUCUACCGCAUCCAGCAGGAGAAAGAGGCCAUCAGGCAGUACCAGCAGGCACAGGAAGCAGAGCGUAGGGAGAACUAUGCUCGCCUGGUUCAGAUGGAUGGGCAGGAGUUGGUUCCCAACCCUGAGAGUGUGGAGUGCAGGAUCUGUUACUUACAGCUCCAACCAGGAGAGGGCGUCCUACUGAGAGAGUGUCUCCACUGCUUCUGCAGAGAGUGUCUUCGUUCUGUGAUCUUGCUAUCAGAGGACCCCCAGGUGGCAUGCCCGUACAGAGAUGAAGCAUAUGCGUGUGAGUGCACCCUACAGGAGAGAGAGAUUCGUGCGCUGGUUUCGGGUGAGGAGUAUGAGCGCUGGUUACAGAGAGGUCUGUCUGUAGCUGAGUCACGGUGUGAGGGCAGCUACCACUGUGCCUCUACAGACUGUCCCGGCUGGUGUGUGUACGAGGACACUGUCAACACCUUCCACUGCCCUGUGUGCAACAAACACAACUGCCUACUGUGCAAGGCGAUACAUGAGGGGAUGAACUGUAAACAAUACCAGGAUGAUCUGGCUGCACGUGCCAUCAAUGACAUCGCAGCCCGAAGAACCAGGGACCUACUGAAGACUCUGGUCAGGUCUGGGGAGGCGAUGCACUGCCCCCAGUGCGGAAUCAUUGUGCAGAAGAAGGAGGGCUGUGAUUGGCUGCGUUGCACUGUCUGUCACACAGAGAUCUGCUGGGUGACCCGAGGCCCACGCUGGGGCCCAGGGGGCCCUGGAGACACAAGCGGAGGCUGUCGAUGCAACGUCAACAAACAGAGAUGCCACCCCAAAUGCCAGAACUGCCACUGAGAGAGAGAGAGAGAGAGAGGGAGAGAGAGAGAGAGUGAUAGAGAGAGAGAGAGAGAGAGAAGGAG